AAUCCAACAUAAAAUCAAGGUUGUUAGUAGCGUAGACAAGGGAUAAAAGACAAUUGCAAGAAGGCACAAGUUGUAGAAGUUUGUCUUGGAAGGUGAACAACCCAAUGAUUCGUUACAACGGUUCUCUUCUUUAUUAGGUUCUUACGGAUUUUAAAAUGGCAUGCAUGAGUGAUCCUAAGGUGCUCAAAGCUAGUUUGAGACCGAGCUUGGAAAGGAAAUAGUGUGUCACUCAUGGCACAAAGAACAGUCUUGAAGGUUGAUAUUUCAUGCGAGAAAUGCAAGAAAAAGCUUCUCAAAGCUGUGUCUACACUUGAAGGUGUAGAUAAGAUUGAGGCUGAUCAAGCGAAGGGAACAUUAACGGUAACAGGAAAUGCAGACCCGUAUGAGAUAAUAAUGCGUACAAGAAAAACAGGGAAACAUGCAGACGUAGUGAGCAUAGGGCCACCUCCGGCACCACCAAAACAAGAUGGGCAAAAGAAGCCACAAGAGAAGAAGCCGGAGAAGAAGCCGGAGGAGAAGGCCCAAAUCCAUGAUCCACACACUUGUCAUCAGUGUCGGCAAAUAUAUCUCAUGCCAAUGCCAAUGUCAAUGGCCCCAUGUUAUGAGCCCAACCCAUCAUGCUCCGUCAUGUGACAUUUCAAACAUCAUAAUUGCCAUAUUGAAAAUUUUUAAUGGAAAGUAGUCAAGCAUAUUAUUCUUUUCCCUCAAAUUUCCAUACGAUAUAAUUAGAUGUGGCAUUAUUGUGAAUAUUGUAUUAAACUAAAAUUAAAACAUAUGGGUUUUUGGCUA